AUGUGCCUUUUGGAUAGUGCUACAACUCACACUAUAUUAAGAGAAAAGAAAUAUUUCUCUCAUUUGGUUAUGAAAAGGGCCUAUGUUAAUACAAUAUCUGGUAGUACAAAAUUAAUUGAGGGUUCUGGAAAAGCGACCUUAUUACUACCUGGAGGAACAAUAUUGGCCAUUAAUAAUGCAUUGUAUUGUAGCAAGUCUCGAAGAAACUUAUUAAGUUUCAAGGUUAUUCGCCAAAAUGGCUAUCAUGUUGAGACUGCCAACGAAGGACAGGUUGAGUACCUUUAUAUUACUACAAUGAAAGCGGGGGAAAGGUUUGUGCAUGAAAAAUUACCCGCACUUUCUUCUGGGUUGUACCAUACAAGUAUCAGUGCGGUUGAAACACAUGUUGUAGUAAAUAAAAGGUUUAAUGGUUCUAAUGAUUUUAUCAUUUGGCAUGACCGGUUGGGCCAUCCCGGUUCUAAUAUGAUGCGCAAAAUAAUUAAGAAUUCACAUGGGCAUACUUUGAAGAACCAAAAGAUUCUUCAAUUUAAGGAAUUCUCUUGUGCUGCUUGUUCUCAAGGAAAUUGA